GAUGGAAAUCUUUCUGCGUCCUCCUCUUCCCGCCCUUUUUCAUGACAUCCAACAAAAUUUCAAUCCUCUGCUGAGUAAGGAAGACCUUGAGAACCAAACCACAAAGUCUGAGAGGCGGAGAGAAAGAGAGAUGGACGAUCCGGCCAUGGAAUUCUGCAAAUUUCUCCGAUCUUAUUGCGAUCGAUUGGAGAGGAACUGCACUUCCCUCCGAGAAUCCGUUGAUCGGAAGUCCAUCCCCCUCGAGUUUUCGACAAGUUUUCUGGAUCGCCUUGACCGUCAGGUGUCGAGCCUUAGUGGCGAUCUGGAGUCACUUGGUUCCAUGGUCGUCGACACCGUCUCGUUCGAGGAGCUUCUGGGUCACUGCAACGAAAUCUACAAGGACAACGCUAACCGGAUGGCGCAACUUGAAGACAAGAUGAAAGAGCUUGGCAUCGAUUUAGGAUUAGAUGAUGAGAAUGUCGGCGAAGAUCCGGACGGGGGAUCUCCAAUUUCUGGUGCAUACAUAGAUUUGGACUCGUUAUCCGACUCAGAACCCGAGAGAAAGAUAAUCCCAGAUGAUCCAAUACUGGAUGACUCUCUAUCAUUUCGAGAGUUGGGAUUCUCCGAUGCUUUUCUUGCCACUUUGGCCUCUGAAGAUGACAGACUAGAAAGCCCCAGUUACUCUUCUUCGGAACCAUCAAAGUAUGAGAAAGAUAAUCACAUUAAUGUUGGUAAUGGUUCGGACAAACAUUCUUCGGAUAUUUCAGAUCACUUGCUGGAUAAUGGUGAUACACUCAGUCAAUCUGCUGGACAUAGAAUAGAAGUCGCAAAGAGCGACUAUGAUCAGCUUCCUUUCUAUUUGAGAAUUUUAGCUUCAUGGGAGGAGCUGCAUGAAGCUGUCUUGAAGAUGAACGAGAGGCUGUGUGGACACGGCAUUUAUUCAUUCGAUCAAAGUAGGCUCGAGUCAUUGGGGCUAGGACUCAAAGCCAGGUCUUGCCUCCUAGUACUACUUCAGAUGAAACGUUUGGUGCUCGAGAGUAGCGUAGAUGGUGCUGUUGUUUAUCGAGUGGCUGAUUUGUGAUAUAUAUACAUAUUAUAUAUAUCUCUCUCCCCACUUAUCCUGUUAUCCAUGCACUUGAUCUAUUCUUUUUUGCUAGGUGUGCAGUUUGCUCGUUGGCCUGCGUUAUUCCAGGACCCGGUAAAGUGAAUAAAACUAAGUUUCUAGAGUGCUUGUCUUUGCUACUAGUGCUUCCAAUGGAGUACUGAAUGGGUUUAUGUGUGUCUUUUUAUGUAUGUCACAAGAGAGCUGGUCAUCCGCUGGGGUUUUGCUAGCUAAGUUAUGCGUGCAUCAAGCAUUGUGAAAACGUGAUGACUUCUUUUCUCUUAAGAAAUCUGUAGCCUAGGAAAAUGAGUGUAGUCAAAUCGGUUUAAACAGGAAUUCAUUCACUUGGCGUUAAGUGUGUUUCUGGAGAAUUGAGACCUCUAGGCUGAAGGAGGUUAAAGAUUCAACAACCCGGUUUCCCUCUUAAUUAUUCUUUAAAGAGCCUAUCUAGCUCGAGCUUGCUUACUAAAGUAUUCAGAAAAGCACCAAAUUAUUACAUCGGACGUUAUAAUUGUGACAAUGGAGCAUAUGCUCAUUCAGAUGUGACGCAUCAUUUUUGCUUUAUGCAUGCUGAGCCCGCAUUUGAAGCCUUGGCUCAAAUUAAGAACUCUGAGCUCAAUAUCUGUGCUGCUUCUUGAAUCAAGCAAUAAAAACU